CAACCGUGACUACAAUCUCUAGGUCUCUCUAGGUCAGACACUGUUCAACGCUUCUAUCUGUUGCUGUUAUGGUUAACAGCUACAGAUGGCUAUGCAGCAUUUAGUAGCAUUAAUAUUGCGUCGUUCCAAAUAAUCGAACGACGUCUGCAUGUCGCAAAAAGGCGCUUGUUCCUUCUGUGUUUGGGUGAUAGACACCGCACUCUCUCACACGAGUGAUUCAAAGCAGGCGGAGGCGCGCAUUCAGCCGUUAUAACCCUCCUCCACAUUGACACGGGCAAUGUCGCCCAAUGGCAAGCCGAAAGUUAUGAUAAGGUCUAAAAACCCGGAGAACAAUCCAAAUGCACCUGAAACCAAGGAGUUCAAGGACGACAACGUGAUCCAUUUGCUAGGCGUCACUAUAUCGGCCAUCAACGCUACCAAAGACCUUGUUCCUAUCGAUCUAGCGAAAGGUAUCCUUGGAACGAUUGCAAACAUUCUGACUAUUGCACAGUCAGUGAUCAAGAACCAGUCCGAUUUCCAGGCGAUAGUCGAAAAGUGCGAGACUAUCAGGGAAAUCCUGGAAAGAGCGACCAAGGAUGCUACCAACAACGAUCUGCGAGGAUACUUAGGGCAUGCUUUAUCCCAACUGAACAAAUCGGUAAAUCGAAUUAAUAGUGAAGUAGCCUCAAAGAAGGAGCAAGGAUUUUGGCACAAACUCAUCUCUGUCACAAUUGAUCGCGACCGAAUUGCUGGGUGGGAAAAAGACUUAGAUCGCGUGCUCCUACUCUUCAAUACUGAAGGAAUCGCUGGCAUCGCGAGCAGAGUGGAGAAGCUGGCUCUGGGACUCGAGAGCAGCAUUAAUAUCUCUAGUGUCAUAAAGUAUCGCCCAACUGAGACUCCAUCACGGCCUGCCAUGAUGUAUGGCCGUGAUGAUCUUGUGGCAGAGUUGACGAACCUUGUCGUCAAUGAUGAGCAUAUUGCAUUGAUCGGUCCGGGAGGCAUGGGAAAGAGUUCUCUUGCCAAAGCCAUCCUUAACGAACCGCUCGUCACGGAGAAAUUCGCUGAUAGGCGCUUCUUCGUGACUUACGAUGGCCUCGAUCCUUCAGCCAUCACUUUUCAAACCUUUAUGACUCGUUUUGCGGGAGCACUUGGCAUAGAGCUUUCCAGUGCUGAUCCUGUGCGCCAGAUCUCUACCUUUCUUCGGUUCGCCAGCGCCCUUGUCGUCCUUGAUAAUGCUGAGACCUUCGAAGAGGCCAGUGCAUCGUCGGCGCUCGUAGACAUACCACCAGCCAUUGCUGAAAUUGCAGGCAUCCCUGGCGUCAUUCUGAUCCUCACGUCACGCAGUCGAAGGAAUGCACCGAACGUGCUAUGGACAACAAAGGACAUUCCGCCACUGGACUUGAACUCUGCUCAAGCAGUAUUCUUUCGAAUUUAUCGUCGCGCCAGUCGCAGCGAUGCUGGGGUAGAAGUCAAGGACCUGCUCAAGGAAUUGGAUUUUCACCCCCUUUCCAUUAAUUUACUUGCAAAUACUGCGCAGCAAAAUGACUGGUCUCCAGCCACACUGCUGAAGAGAUGGAACAAUCGACACAGUGCUGUGCUUGACCCUGGCAAGGGAAAGCUCCAAAGCUUGUCAGACACCAUGCAGCUGUCACUCAGCUCGCCAUCCAUCCAAGAUCUUGGCGAUGAUGGUCGUCGUGCUUUAGCGAUCAUCGCUUUCUUGCCCCAGGGUCUCAACGACGAUCUGGCUAGCGAUUUGUUACCAUCGCUCCAGCAAGUCGACGCUAUAUGUGACGUCCUAUGCAUGCAAUCGCUGGUCUAUCGUCAAGACAAGUUCAUCAAGAUGCUUGCACCCAUUCGGCAUUAUAUGCGAGAUUCGUUGCCCCCACCUGACUCUACUUGUAUGCGAGAGAUACGCACCUUCUACCAUUACACCCUCGACUGCUGUUCAGACAAACGCGAUCAAUAUACUGAUAUCAUUAUGUCGGAUCACCUUAAUAUCGAGCACGUAGUUGCUCUCGACCUUGCACAUGGCCCAGAUGACACGGAAAAGAUUUAUGCCAUUUGCGGGAAGUUUUUGUGGUGCUUGACGAUUCAUCUACCUCGUCCAACUACCCUCACCCCAACUAUUUUCAACAUCGUCGAGAACUCCUCCACAUGGACGCCAAAAGCGCACUGCUUGUGGCAUCUUGGCUGUCUCUACUCAGCUGUUUCUCAGCUCACUGAAGGGAUGAAGGCCUUCAAAGCUGCUGGGGCACUCUAUCUUACCACCGGCGCCUAUAGACUUGCGGUAGACUGUGUUUUUGAAUGCGCAGAAACAUACAGAUGUCAAGGCCGCUUCAUUCAAUUACGACAGGUCCUAGAGGACUUCCAACACUCUGAUUCGUGGAAGUAUCUCGACGAAACAGCGAAAGCCGAAGCUUGGCAUCACUUGAAGUCCAUGGACGAUCGUUUCAUCGGCUUGGAGUCUAAAACUUGGCACAGGGGCGCUAAAAUGUAUUACGGAGGAGACAUUGUUCAGGUCAAGGCGCACCUCGAAGACAUCCUCCUGCAAUGCACGCACACCGAAGUGUUUUGCAGCUGCAAUAGCGCACUUCGCCUGCUUGCAGAAGGGGCAUUGUGCGAAGGCAGAUUAUCCGAUGCGAUGGAUAUCCUUCAGAAGAACAUAGAUAUGACCGGCGGACCACUGUCUGCCCUUUGGUAUGGCACCUGGAAAGGUGUUGUUGCGAGCAGGCAAGGAGAUUACGACCUUGCGAGGGAGUUCAUUCGCAAAGCCUCGGGACUACUCGAAUGCUGGGAGCUGCGGAAUACAUAUGAAUUUCUGCACAGAUCUUAUGGCUCUGCGCGCAUCGAGCUCGCCGCAGGCGAGUACGACAUCGCGGAGUCUCAUUUCACCGCCACGGUUGAAGGUUGCGAUAUGCAAGACCACCUGCUUUAUAAGGCGUUCAGUAUCCGUGGGCUGGGGGAGAUUGCAUUUGCACGUGGUAACUUCGCUUUAGCUGCAGAGCGCUUUGCAGAGACGCAAUCUCUGUGCAUUGAGAUGGGAAUUCCUCCCGGAAAAAUUUACAGCUGCUUCCCAUUUUCUGUUCUGCUGGAAAAUUUUGAAGGGUGGGCGUCGUUCUUGGAGGGGCGGUCACCGUUUACCAAUGUUACGUAGAUCGUGUACGAUAGACUGCAGUCGCAUCUCGUACGAUUGUUCGAGCAGUAUUAUCAUAAUCACGGUAUUCCUGACCAGCCAGUGAUGAGACAAAUACCAGAAUUGUAGCAUGAAAGGCCUUAAGAUAGACCUCGGUCCUGCUACAAGGCACGUUUGAUCGCGCGAGCUUCUUCUCGCACUGACAAAAUAUUUGAAAGGUGCCACGGCAUUGUUUGAGAAGGUAUU